AUGUCGAGCGCGGCCAAUGCAGGUGCUGGCGAGAAGACGUACUUCGAACAACAGCGGGAGUUGGUGAUCAGCGAUGUGGCGGCGGUACGAGACAUGCUACACUCACGCCUAGAGAGCUUUACUGAUGCCAGGCAGAGUCUAGAAAACGUGCUGCAGAACCUCAACAAGCUGAAUCGCAGCCUGGAAGGCGUGAUAGCGGUUGGCAAUGAGUUCAGCCAGGUGGAAGGGCUGUGGUCCCAGUUCGAGAAUGUGAUGGCGAAGGAGCCGGAGAAAGAGGGCACCAAGGACAGCAAAGAGGGCGCGGCGAACGAUGCCGCAUGA